GGUUUCCAGAUCUGUAUUCAGUUAGCCACUAUUCAGUUACUAAGCUUUUCUUUUCUUUUAAUUUUGGAGGGGAUUUCUCUGCGGCCUUGUGACAUCGCCUCAGUGACUUCCGUGAUCAUCCCCAGCGGAGCAAAGACAUUUAAAAUCUGGCGAGGCUCUAAAAAGCGUGGACGCUUCUCCGCGAAACGAAUUAAAAACUGGGCGUGAUCGGCACGUUUUCCCCGAAUACUUCGUAUUACCGGCGCUUUGUGUGUGGCUGUUCGUUGUCAAGACGCUGCUCACUGUAAUUCAGAAAGAGAAAAAAAACACCGUUUUCCCAGCACUUGUCUUGGAGGAGAACUAAACAACAGGAUAAAAAUGUCUGUUUUCCCUAAAAUAUCUUUGAGACCCGAGGUUGAAAACUAUCUUAAAGAGGGUUUUGUGAACAAAGAGGUUAUAUCUGCUUUGGGUAAACAAGAAGCAGAAAAGAAGUUUGAAACUCUAUUAUAUCACCUGUCACAUCCUCCAUCAUUCACAACUGUCAGAGUGAACACAAAUUUAACUUCAGUUCAACAUGUGAAAAAUCUGUUACUUGAUGAACUUAAGAAGCAGUUUAAUGGGUUAACUGUUCCCAUUCUCCAACAUCCAGACCUUCGGGAUAUCUUACUUAUUCCUGUUAUUGGACCUAGAAAGAAUAUACAAAAUCAACAGUGUGAAGCAGUUGUUGGAGCCCAGUGUGGCAAUGCGGUGUUAAGAGGAGCCCAUGUUUAUGUUCCAGGAAUUGUGUCAGCUUCCAAAUUUAUGAAAUCUGGAGAUGUUAUUUCUGUAUACUCUGAUAUUAAAGGAGAAUGUAAGAAAGGAGCCAAAGAAUUUGAUGGAACAAAAGUAUUUCUUGGAAAUGGGAUUUCUGAAGUCAGCCGCAAGGAACUCUUCAGCGGGUUGCCUCAACUAAGAGGUAUAGGCAUACGAAUGACAGAACCAGUAUAUCUCAGCCCUUCAUUUGACAAUGUACUGCCCAGUUACUUAUUUUUACAGAAUUUACCAUCUGCCUUAGUGAGUCAUGUCCUGAAUCCUCAGCCUGGAGAGAUGAUCCUGGACUUGUGUGCAGCACCCGGAGGCAAAACAACACACAUUGCAGCACUAAUGCAGGACCAGGGAGUAGUGAUAGCACUGGAUAAAAUCUUCAACAAAGUAGAAAAAAUAAAGCAGAAUGCCUUGUUAUUAGGGCUGAAUUCCAUCAGGGCAUUUUGCUUCGAUGGAACAAAGGCAGUUAAACUUGAUGUGUUUGAGGACACCAAAGGGGGACCUCCUUUCUUGCCAGAAACUUUUGACCGAAUUCUUCUUGAUGCACCCUGUAGUGGCAUGGGACAGAGACCAAACAUGGCUUGUACUUGGACUUUGAAGGAAGUGACAUCGUAUCAACCGUUACAGCGAAGACUCUUCACAGUGGCAGUCCAGCUGCUGAAGCCAGGGGGUGUGCUUGUGUACAGCACGUGCACUGUGACGCUGGCAGAAAAUGAAGAACAAGUUGCCUGGGCCCUCAAAACUUUUCCUUGCCUGAAGCUUCAGCCCCAGGAACCGCAGAUUGGAGGAGAAGGGAUGCUGGGAGCUGGCCUGUCAUUUGAACAAUUGAAACAGCUGCAGCGAUUUGAUCCAUCUGCUGUGCCACUGCAGGACACUGACCUUGACUCUCUGAGAGACGCCGCAGCAGAAGACAUGAUGAGACUGGCAAAUAAGGAUUGUAUAGGUUUUUUCAUUGCAAAAUUUGUAAAAUGCAGAAGCACGUAGGAGGAGGACAUUUCUGGGUUGUUUUCUUUUUUUUUCUCUUUUUAAGCCAAAGUGUUGUCAGGCCAACUGAGCGAUGGCGUGGUUGCUAAGGAAACAAAUGGCUGCCAGCUGUUUCACCAAGAUCAAGAGAUAGAGGAAGAAGGGAGUUGUGGGAAAUGAUAUUUUGUGUUUUUUAAAUGAUGUUUUCUUUAUAGGUUUAGUGGAGUAUGAAGAAGAGAAGAUGUCUAUAGAUGUCUGGAACAUAUUUUCAUUUGGGGUCUAGUAUU